AGUCUGGGAGUGGCCGGAAGGAGGAGAGCCAGGGGAGAAAGAAGCAGAAAGAGGAGGAGGAAGACGAAGAGGCUGAGCAGCUGUACACGAAUCAGGAUUAUCCUGAAUAUUUUCAUAGCAUCCUUCCACUUACGGCAGCAGAAAUGCAUGUAUGCUGCAUGUGUAUCUGAUAGCAUGGCUGAGGGCUCAGUGUCUGUAGCAGAGGUGGAGACUGCCUUCCAGAAGUUUGCAGUCCAUGGGGACACCAAAGCCACAGGGAAGGAGAUGAACGGCAAGAACUUUGCCAAGCUCUGCAAGGACUGCCACGUCAUUGAUGGCAAGAAUAUCACCACCACUGACGCUGACAUAGUUUUUAGCAAAGUCAAGGCAAAGUCAGCUCGUGUAAUCACAUUUGAGCAGUUCAACCAGGCCAUGACUGAGUUGGCUCCCAAACGUUUUAAAGGCAAAAGUAAGGAGGAGGCACUUCAGCAGCUCUAUGGUCUAAUUGCUGGGAAGGAGCCUUCCAACGUUGGAGUCACUAAAGUGGCAAAGGCUUCAGCAGUGGACAGACUAACUGAUACCACCAAGUACACUGGAUCUCAUAAGGAGCGAUUCGAUGAGUCUGGCAAAGGAAAAGGGAAGGCCGGACGUGAGGACAUCCCAGACACCAGUGGCUAUGUGUCAUCUUACAAGGGCAGCGGCACUUAUGAUGACAAAGUGAAAGAAGCAUAAUCCUUCUAACAUAUUAUGAAAACUUUGUUUCACCAGUAACCUGAAUCAGGGGAGUUAAAAAAAAAACAAAACAAACAAAACAACAAAAGUUCAUUGGCUACUCUAUUUUUGGAGACAAAAGUAAUAUGCAUAUGUACUGUGAGCCUAUUCAGAACACUUCAAAAACAAUUCAACAAAAAAUAUAUCAUUAGAGUUUCAAGGUUUUCAUAAUUAACAUCUAGGAGAGGAAAUUUAGAGAAAUAAUUUUCUGGAAACAAACAAAAGAUAAUGAAUAUAUUUACCUGCAGUAAGUACAAAAAAUUUAAUGGGUUGUAGCAUGAACAACUGCUCUGUAUAUAUUUUCAGUUAUUUUACAGGGACCAAAAGAUUAAACUGCACUUGUAGCCAAGUAUGCUUUGUAGAAACUAACUCUGCUUUGUACUAUAGCUUAACAGUGUGCCUUACUAUUGAGGUUGUGAUGUAGCUGGUAGUGCGAAUGCUCAGAUAUAAUGUGCUGCUAUUCUCAGCUUACUUGAUGCAAUGGAUGAUAAUUUGUCUGGUUUCAAGAAAUGACACCAUGCCAGUAGUCACUCCUUCACUUGCUAAGUGUAUCACUUUAUAUUUUAGUGCCUUUUUCCUCAUGACCAAUCAGUGCCCACAAUUAUUCUUGUUGUAGAAUUUAUUCAUAUCAUUAAAUCAAAGUUUUUUUUUAGUACAUUAUGCAAAGAAAUAUAACAAGCAGUCAAGAACACAGACUGUAGCAAAAAAAAAAAAAAGAAAGAAAAAAAAGACACUCUUACAUUGUUGUUAUUUUGUAUUUCUUCCUUACUGACAACAUUAUGCUGUAAGUCUUUAUGUUCAUAAAAUGUAUCGUUUCACAUCAUUUUAUUUUCUUCCUAGGUUUAAUGAGUAACAAACAUCCUUUGAAGUGAAUGUAAAAAUCUAAAUAAAUAUUUGAAAAUUA